AUGAACGACUUCACAAUGAAAACAUUUGUGGAGGCAUGCGAAGAAAAACAUCUCGAGGGUGGACAAGGUGUUGCUGGAAAAACACUUGCUGGAAAAGCACUUCUAUCAAAUAGUAUGUACUUCGAUUCGGAUGUUUCCAAGCUUAAAGUAGAAGAUUAUCCAUUUCUUUGUAAUGUGUGGGAGUUUGGCCUUCACGCUGUAGUUGCAAUCAAGCUAGCAAACACGUACAUGAGCAGUGUUGAUUACGCAUUGGAAAUUUUUCUCCCUCCAAUGGAGAGAGAAAUUGCAGAACAAAAACAUUUGAUAAAUGGAGUCCUAUCAAUCUUGAAAAAUAACUGUAGGAAAUCAUGGGAAAUUUGUGGUGAGAACUUGAGGGGCAUCACAUUGGAUUUGAAGUUGGGACAGAGGAGGUGGGUACAUCUAACGAGGCACCAGCUGAUUCUUCUGGGAGCUCUCCACCGGUACCGACAAUAUCAGACAUUGGCAGAAGUAGGCGAACAAAAUUCCACAUUUGGACCUGCAGCUGGUCUCGGCCCACACCAUGAGAUGGUUGACAUAGACCGUUCUCAUUUCAAUACAGGCACGACAAGCAAACGACGAAGGACAUCUGAGGUUUGGCAAUCCUUUGACGAGCACAAAUUCAAGAGCGUCUUCGGCAAUUCCAUUUCCAAGUCCUUCUUUGCGUCAACAACAUUGUUUCGCUCCGGUUCCUGCACUCCUGAUGGUGAUUGUGGAGAAGGUGGAGAUUGUGUCUGUGUUGAUUGUGAUUCUGGGAUGUUAUUAGAAGAAGAAGGUUGUGGCUGUGUUUGUGGUGAUUGCGAUUCCAGGUCGAUGCUGGGAGAAGAAGCUGCCAAUUUUGAUGGCAGCUGUGAUGUUGUUCGGUUCCAGAGUUGGGAGAAAGUUGCUAAAACCGAAAGAAGAAAUUCCUUGACGAAGGCUGGUCCUGAAAUUGCCAUGGUAGUCCUGUAUAGAAUGCUAGAGCUUGCAAAGACAAGUCAGGAAUUGAUUGAUAGAGGCAUGGGAAAACUUUUGAAUUUUGCUUCUAUAUAUUUACGUAUGUAUAGAGAGGAAGGAAGUUUGACCAUUCAUUCGGACAUAUGA